AUGAAGUCACUUCACACUCGUGGUUCACUUCUCUCUGCAAUCACUGCAAUUUCACUGGUUCAUCUAUGCCUUCUAUCCACAUACAUCGCCGGCCACCGAAUCUUAUAUGAUCAGAACAAUAACAACAAGCCCAGCAACUCAUGGGACUCAUUCCACAACUUCACCGGACAUCAAAAAGGCGACAACGUCGACGGCUUAUCCAAUCUCAAGCAAUACCUUCACCAAUUCGGUUACAUCUCCUCACCAUCCAAUUCUUCCUCAAAUUCUUCUUCCAAUUUCACAAACACCUUCGACGACACCCUCGAAUCUGCUCUCAAACGAUACCAGAAAAACUUCAAUCUCAACUCCACCGGUCAACUCGAUAACACCACCGUUCAGCUUAUGGCCCGACCCAGGUGCGGCAACGCCGAUAUCGUGAACGGCACCAGUACCAUGAAUUCCGGCAAACCUUCACAUUCGAACCUCCACACCGUCGCACACUAUUCCUUCUUCGAAAACACCCCAACAUGGCCGGAAAAUAAACGAAACCUCACCUACGGCUUCUGGCCCGGUAACCAGUUACAGGAUAACGCUAAGGUUGUUUUCUCCCGUGCGUUUCAACGGUGGGCAGCUGUAACGCCGUUAACUUUUACGGAAACAGAUUCCUUCCUGGCUGCAGAUAUCAAGAUUGGUUUCUUCGGUGGGGACCACGGUGAUGGAGAAUCGUUUGAUGGGUCAAUGGGGACAUUGGCCCACGCGUUCUCUCCUACGGCUGGAUUAUUCCAUCUGGACAGUGCGGAAGAUUGGGUGAUCGACGGAGAUGUGACCACGUCGACAUCGACGGUAGCCAUUGAUAUGGAAUCAGUUGCGGUGCAUGAGAUAGGACACGUGCUUGGGUUAGGGCAUUCUUCGGUGGAAGAAGCUAUCAUGUACCCGUCUAUCUCGGCGAGGACGAGGAAAACUGAACUCGCAACCGAUGAUAUUCAGGGUAUUCAGGAACUCUACGGCAGCAACCCAAACUACAAUGCUUCAUCAACACCGUCCGAUACGCAGAAAGAAACUAGUGAUGGUGGGGUCCGCAUCAUGGAUUGGCAUUGGACGCUUACGAUGAUAAUCAGCACCGUUGCUUCCGUUGGCUUGCUGUUGUAG